AUUGAUUACUGUUUCACGAAAUAUAGCAAAAGUGAAUUGAAUUUUCUUGAACUCAAUGCAUAAGAUGUCAGACAAGAAGUGUCAGAGAACGAGGGUCUGUGUGAUAGGCGCGGGUGCGGCCGGACUCUGUGCCGCCAGACAUCUGUCACAAUACGAGUCACUCUUCGUGUUUGAUGUCUACGAGAAGACAUGCAAAGUGGGAGGCGUUUGGAAUUACACCGAUUCUGUGGGUUUCGAUGAUAAUGGACUACCCAUUCACACCAGUAUGUAUAAGCAUAUGAGAGUUGCUGAUGAGUUCAAGGAUCAGACAGUGUUGGUGUUGGGCGGCGGACCCUCUGGUAUUGACAUCUCCAUCGAAGUGUCACAAGUGGCCAAACAAGUGGUGUUUUGUCACAGAAAUAGUAAACCGUUUGUGAAUUUACCACAAAAUAUUAAACAAGAAUUAAAUGAAAUCCAAAGCAUAACUGAAACGGGAGUUGAGUUGAAAGGCGGCACUCAUUUGGAAAUGGAUUCAAUAGUAUUGGCGACCGGAUAUCACUUCGACUUCUCAUUUCUGGACAAAAGUUGUGCCAUAAAUGUCAACAGCAAUGGCAGAGUUGAAGGCAUUUAUCUGCAUCUCAUUAACCAGACCUACCCCUCGAUGGCUAUUUGGGCCAUCGCUAUGAAAGUCAUUCCCUUCCCUCUCUAUCACCAACAGGUCUUAUUAUUCAUGAAAUCCCUGACCGGAGAACUAGUGUUGCCAUCAAUUGAAGAGAUGGAAAGGGAUACACAACAAGACAUGUCUCUUAGGAAGUCAAUGGGUUUGAGUGAAAGACACUUCCAUAAGAUGGUGGCCAACCUAUUCAUCGACUACUCCGACAAAUUGGCCACAAUUGCCAACAUUAAGCCAUUCACACCAGUGUUCAGACAACUACAUAAAGACCUGGAAGUGUUUCGCAAUCAAGACUUAGUCAGACCUGACGGCCCUUAUAAGCGGCUCAUACAUAGAGUUACGACACUAUUGUAG